AUGGAAGACCCGCUUGCUGAAAUUAAUGGUGUUGUGGAAGGACUUGUGCGUGCAAAGGAUGCCGAUGCGCAACGCGAUGUCCUCCAGCGCUACUUUUUGCAGGGCGCGUCAUUCGACCAUCCGAUGUGCUGCGUAACCCGCUCGCGCAACUCUCGUGAUGCUGGUCUUUUGCAAGUUUAUCAAUUUUUGCGUAGCGUUUUCAUGGAUACCGAAAUCAAGAUUCAUUCGGUUGCUAUCAAUGAGGAGAAAGACCGCAUGUAUGUGGAAGCGACUCAGCACCUUCGCAGUUACAUUCCGUUUGUGCGUAAAUACAUCUAUGAUCGUUACGCGAGACUUCUCGUGGUACUCUCUCUGCAAAAGAUGGAAGACGGCAAAUAUUAUGUCUCACGCCAGCAAGACUUGUAUUCAAUUCAGGAAGAAUCAGAAACGCUGCUGCCUGGUGGUGUGGACGACUACGUGGUGGAGAUCAAGGCAUUCGUAGGAUACCUUCUCAUGCUUUACGUCGCUUUCUUCCAAUUAUUCGGCAUUUGGAGGCCUCGUAAGCCAUGCCCGUAA